AUGGCCCAUCUUGACCACGCAGCAAUCUUCUCGCCCUCGGUCGCACGCAUCGCCGCGUCAACGGCAAAAGACUGGUCCUUCGUUGACACAUGGCUAGCCUCCAAAUUCCCAGGCCGGGCCGCCCCGUCCUUCGAGCGCAACCCUGACACGCUCAGGGUUCUGCUCUCUCUGGCGACCCUCAAUGAAACCGCAGACGAGGAGCGUCAGCUCUUUGCGCGCGCCGAGGCCUCUGCCCGCAGGGAGCUAUCGCAGGCCGCCGACCGAGGUGCUGACCAUGCCUCAAUGCAAUCGGACCUCCUUGAGGCUAUCGAAGAAGCGCUGCCCCAAGACGGACGCAAUGCCCUCGAUGCACUGGCGUCGCUCUCCGUUGAUCUCGGCAACCCUCAGCCGACACCUCAUGAACUCGGCGUCACGCUUGUCCAACUCCAGGCACAGGCGCAGGAGACAGAGGAGAGGCGUGCCCGCCUGACAGAUCUUCAAUCUCACGUGGAUGCGGAGAAAAUCGCCAUUGCAGAUCUGCUACGUGACUUGCAGGGCUGGAAGUUCAAGCCUUCGGCCGAGCUGCCGCGACAGAAUGUGGAAUUGCAAAGAAAAAUCAAAGCUCUCUCCAACAAAUUGCCCGAGCUCGAGGACCGUCUAAAAGCCAUUGACACGGCCCCAGCCGCCUUUCAUCCCACCAUUGAUCAAAUUGCGCGAGAGGAGUCGGCAUAUAGAAGUCUCUUGAAUCGCAAGAUGGAUCUCGAUUCUCAGAUAGCUCCGUUUGCCGGCCUUCCUCACGACGCUGAUGCUGCCAGAGACCAACUGGAAGCUUUACGCAGCGAACUUCAAUCACUCACACGCCGAAGAGAUGCCGUUUUCGAGAGUCUCGUGGAACGUGAGAGUCCCCGGAAAAGAUCAUGA